UUUAAUGUGUUUAUAACUUUUGUAGAAUUAUAUGUUAAAAUUGCAAGUAUGUCUUCAAAUCUUCCGAUUCGUGCAUCAUCUCCAAUUGAUGGCAAAACAUUUGUUGUAAAAACUCUUCCUUCAGACUUCAAUACCUCUGAAGAUUUCCUUUUACAAACUGGUGAAUCAACAAGAUCAUUACUGACACCACUAUACGCAAGCAAUUAUGAAAGUUUUGAAAUGGAGGAUUCUGAAAAAGAAAAUAACUCAAAGAAAGAUUUGUCAGUAGCUGAUAGUAAUAAAAAGAAAUUGUACCAUUUGGAAAUGAAAGCUGAUAAACACUCUUCAGAAUCAAACAGAAGUUGGUCUUCACGAGAAUCAUCAGUUAAGAAGAAAUCUUUAUCUAGCAACCCGUCAUCAAACAGUAGGAAUAAAUCAAAAAGAUCAGACUCCAGUUCAUCAUCUUCUUCAUCAUCCUCGUCAUCUUCCUCGUCCUCCGUAUUAUCAUCAUCAAGUUUUUCUAGUUCAACCAAAUACUUAACAGAUAACAGUCCUUCAAAGUAUUUCACUGAUUUGAAGCUUAAUACUUGGGAGGAAUGGUUAAUGCAUAAGGCUUUGUUAGACAUACAAAAGUUAAACGUAAAAAAAGAAGAGAAAAAGAAGUCGCAGUUGGAGAGAAUGAAAGAAGAAGAAGAAAAACAACGCAAGAUAAUCCUUGCCAAAGAAAAUAGAGAGGAGUGGCUUAAGAAUAAAAUAUAUGAACUUCAGAAAAGGAAGAAGGAGGAAGAUGCACAAAUCGAGUUCGAGAAAUUAAAGAAACAGCAAGAGAUGGAUUUACUGGAGAAGAAAUCAAGAGAACGAUACGAAAAAUGGCGUCAGGAAGUGAAAGAAAGAGAUAAAGAAAAACGUGACCAAAACAAAAUAGAAGAACAAACACGACAAAAACAAAUAUUGAAUAAAAAGCUAGCAUCAGAAGAAGCUUACAGGGAAUGGCUUAAGAAAUCCAAGAAAAAGAAACGCCCAUCACGCAACACGUACGGUUAUUCAGAGGGCUCGCUCUUCAGUUAUUACGACAUGGGAUCGACGCCUCCGCCGUCAUAUAUGAACCCUAUACCCUGGGUUGCCAAUGUUACAAACAGUGCUAAAGAUAAAAAGAAUUUAAGACAAAAAGAAUUUUCUUCACCACCCAUGUUGUGGAAAGAAAUAGAAGAAAGAAAAGGAAAACAUAACAGAAAUUAUUCAAAACAAAAACAUGUUGUUUCCAAGCAUUCUUGUAUUAAUGUUGCACCGUAGUGCCUCGAUUAAACCUUCUAUCUUUUCAACACCUUGGUAUCUUCUUUAUAGAUUUCGUGACAAAAGCCUCUUUUUUCUCAAAUGCCAAUUUUUCUCCUAAACACUUGUUUUGUUUACCGUAUUUUCAAUCAUAAUUCCUUUAACCAUAUUUUAAAGAAACUUGAGACUUUGCAUUUUACGGGUGAAAUCGAGAAAUCUAAUAUAAAAUUUAUAAAAAGGCUUAAGUUUAUCCCCGCAAAAUUUCUUGAAAGGAACUAUUUGCGGAAGUUAAUUCUCGUGAACUUUUUUAACACUAUGCUUUUCUUUUUAGUAGCCAAGAUUUCAUGCAAUAAACUUUAACUAACUCUUUGAGUCGAUUCAAAGUGUAUUCAUUUGUGCGGUUGCCGCCAUUAUAAAAAAAAGGUUUGUAAAAAAGGCUAUUCGCGAAAGUUAUUUCCCUUGAUUUCGCGUGUUUUUCUUAAUUACAAAGGUUUCUGCCUUUAAAAUAGUUAUUUUGAUUAGGCACUCGGUAUUUUAUCGGAGCCAUACGGUGCUUUAAAAAUUGUCUUUAUUUUGUUCAUGAUGUUGUUUUGCGUGUUAAAUGUUUUUUAAUAA